UAAACAGUUCUGUUCUGCGGCCAGGCCAAAGCGAGUGUGCGUGGGUGUUCUAGAGUUAACUUUUUGUAGUGAAAUUUUAAACUGAUUAGCAUUUAAUACAAGAUGUCCUCACUUGUUCUCUCUUUUCCCGCUGAAAUUUUGGAAGCGAUUUUCGCCUACCUGCCCUUAAAAGAUCUGCUGAACGCGUCCCAGGUGUGCCAUCGGUGGAAUAAGGUCCUGCAAAGCCCGCUGUUCCAGCGCCAGCUCCAGGUUAAGCUGCACAGCGAGUUUAGGGAUUUACCUUCGAAAGCGGACGAGGCGUUUUUGAGCAGAGCUAAGAAUUUGUCGAUUGUUCAAAAGUUCAAUGAAGAUGAACCAGAAGGCGAAAACGGACAAGCUGGUCCGGCUGAGGCGAAGGAGAACAUUUCUGGGAUUCUAUUUGGCGCUUGCAAUGAGCUGGAGUGCCUUCAGUUGAUAAGUCGCUUUCAAUGCGUUAAGUCCGUUAUCGGCGAUAGACUGGACGAGUUGAGCAACUUGAGAGAACUUUCGCUUUCGUUUGCCUAUCAGGGCGAGGAAAAGUGUGAUGAACCUCAGGGAGAACUCUGGUUGAUGAGAAGUAACAGCCUACAGUCAUUUAAAAUUGGGUUGACCAAUUCCUUGGGACCAUUUGGGCUAGAAGCUCCCAACCUAAAAGAGAUGCAUUUGACUGUAAACUGCAAAACUUUGCUGGAUCUCGUAGACAAAUUCUCAGGCCAAUUGAGAAAGCUAAGACUGAAGCUGAUCGUCCGCAAAACUUUGGAUGAAAUUUUGAAAAUGAAAUUUUCAAAGUUAAAUCAGCUGGAGCUGGCCAUAUUUGACCAUAAGGAUAGUUGGGAAUUUUCGCAUGUUACAGUUCGGGAAGAGGACGAUGAACUAGUCAAGCAGUUUGUUCAGGAAAUGUCCACCCUGGAAGAGCUUUCAGUCAGGAGUGAUGAAGUAUUUUACAGACUGUGUCCUGCGCUAUGUUCGAUGCAAACGAAUCUUCGGCAACUGGAGCUGCACAAUUUGAAUGUCGAUUCAAACAUUCUCAUCAACAUUUUGCUCAUACAAAAUAUCAAGAGCCUAUCCGUCCAGCACUGUGAAAUCGUCAACGAAAUCCCAGGACUUCACAUCCGCCUGGUAAACUUGCUGCAUUUAAACCUGACCAACGUGGUCAACAACGUGCUGAUGAACCACAACUUUAGCGGCCUGAAAUCCCUCCAACUGCUGCACAACCGCUUCGGCAACGAAUCCCUCCAAAAAGUGUUCCAAAACUUUGCCAGCAUCGAGCAGCUGCAAAUCACGUUCCGCGCCAAACUCGACGCGGGCGCCUUCGCACGGCUCCACCAGCUGAAAAACCUAUCCGCCCUAACCCUCUGCCGGACAGACACCACCGCCGAACACUGGAACCGGAUUCAACCGGUGCCGUCGGUCCGGCAACUCACCUUCGAGGGUUGCUUCAUGAUGCCGCUUUCGAUCUUUCCCGAGCUCGGAAGGGUUUUCCCCUCCCUUCGGCGACUCCACGUGACCAAGUGUUGCGUGUUGGACGAUACGAGCAGCGUGGAUGCCGUCGUGGAUGGGGCUUGUGAGCGGAAGUUGAGGGAAAUGUUCUCCGGUGUGGCUGUUUCGUGGCACGAGACGAUGCAGAUUACGCCGGAGAACUUGAAGAAGAUGCUGUUGUGAGGGAGAGGGAGGGAGUUCAGAUAAGGCAGCUAAGAAGGAUUUAAAAUUGUGUUUCAGAAAAAAAACAAGCAUCAACUGAAAAGUUGUAGCAAAUUCAUGUCGUGACAGCAUUUGAGGGUUUUUUUUUAACUUUAACUAGAAAAUAGUUUUUGAUUAAUAUAUAUUUUAAACGUGUGCUGUCGAAAUCAAUCUCAGGAUCACUAAGUCAAAAUUUUGAUAAGAUUGUCUUCGUAGGUAACACCAAAAGGGUACAAACCAAAAAAAGGGCCCUUGGUUUAGACUUGA